UCCUCGUCCACCGCCGUGAGCCGGCGUUCCCACCCCGACGAGGGCUGUCGGUAGCAGUCCAAACACACUACGGAUCCUGACCGCCUCCACCUCCCACAACUAGCUCUCCUCCGGACGAUUCCACGCACCCUCGCCCUUCGUCUCUUGCCCCUCUCUUCCCUCACUUCCAGCUUGGUGUGACGCUAGCUUUGAAUCUUUCACGAACCACGUUUAACGCCGGAAUCCGCCCCUCUGCCCCGCCAUGCCCUGUUUCAAGGGUCUCGCCGUGAGCAUACACACUCCGGAUGGCCCUAUUUCCGAAUACUCGAUUCAGCGUCAGUCUCGUGCCUCUCGCAUAGCCUGUUACAUUCCCGUACCGCCGCCCAAGAUCCCCGAAUCUGGUUCCGGGCGCCCUGAACAAUCUACCUUCGCCAUUUCCAUCACCCUCCUCAACCCCGGUCAAGAUGUUCCAUAUUCCGCGCCGAAGCCGACCUCCGACAACCCCGCACCCAAGCCGAAGGUCGUUGGUGGGCUACCCGGAUCAACCGGGGAGCGUGGCCAGUACAGCAGCGCAGUGGCUCCCUAUCAGGCUUUGACCAAUUCGCCAAACGAAACGGUCGCCGCCUACAUUUACUUCGACGGCCGGGCAAAGGAGGAGGUAGCCACUUUGCUACGGAGAGGAGAGGAAACAUGGGUCAACUCUCGUUGGGUCAGUGUGCCGGAGUCGGAGGGUGGGGGUCUCGCUGAACGGGAGUUCCUCUUCCGUGAAGUCGGACUAGAGAGAUGGCUGAACGGCUUGGAUCUGGAAGGGAAGGACGCGGCAGCCCAGAUCGAGCGCCGACGGCAGAAGAUGGAGAAGCGCCGAAUGAAGCGUGAGGCGACUGGUGACCUGGAUAUGGAUCCCAAGUCAGGCAGGGGGAUCAUGCGCUACGGCAACGAUGCGAAGUCCCCACUGGAAGAUGUUUCCGACGACGACAUGUCGUUCUCUGACUCAGACGAUGAUCCGAUCCCCGAAUCCGCAGGUCAGAUCAAGGUAGCCCUGUUUCGCGUUCUGGCCUCCGGAGAGAUCAAGCGCGGAGAGUACUCUCCACAAUUUGAUGCCCACGAUGACGAUGAUGAGGCCCAGGGUGGUAACAGUAACAACGGCGCAGCUGAUGCGGACAUUGAUCAUACAACUAGCUUUGCAAAGCCAAAGACACUCGACCCAAAGACUAUUAGCACCCAGACCGUGACCGGUAUCGACCCGUCCGAUAAGCCUUACGCCAUCUUUACAUUCAUGUACCGUGGUGGACGUCAAUUGCAAAAGAUGGGAAUUUUGAGGGAUUCCAAGGCGCAGGAGACUCCUGGAUCGGCAAAGCGCCGGUCUUUACAACCAGAUUUUGCCAAUCUGGGUCCACUGAAGCCUGGCGGCACGGUUGGGUUUUUGAACUUCCGUGACAGUACGGGCAACCAGCGCAAAGGCAAGAAGGACAAGAAGACUGGUGAUGACGAUGAGAUGGAUAGUGAAGACGAUGAGGAUAACUCGAUUCUCGGUAAAGCCGAUGAAGAAGAGGGCAAAGACGAUGAUCUGCAUCUAUCUCCGGACGAUAUCCGACGGCAAGGGGAGCUCGCGGAGAGCAUCCGCAAGAUCAAGCUCAAACGGCAGCAUUCAUCUGCAUCGUUGGCUACAAACACACCCCCAGCCGAGACUGCAAGCCCCGGUGCAUCCGGGGAGACCCCUGACCUAUCUAACACACCGCCAGCUGUGGCCGCUGCUACAGCCACUCCCGAAGCCCCCAAGCCGGCUGCCAACACACUGGAUGGAGGAUUCAUCGGUAGUCCGUUGAAGAAGCAACGAGCGAGCGUCUCACAAUCCGACGAGGAGUCUAUGCGCCGGCGGAUUGAGUCGGGCCUCUCCCAGGAGAUCACCAACAUUGGCCCUGAAGAUGGCUCUACCUCAGCCAAUCCUCUCGGGGCACACCCGCCAAAACCGCAGGAAACCGAAGACGAAGAAUUAUAAAAGGCUCGGCUGCUCUAGACCGAUACCACCCUUGUCCAUGUCCAGACAGACGGUUUACCACCAAUGCCUCUUCCAAAAUCCCCCUUUUCUUCCUUUCUCCUUGACCUUAAAUGGUAUGAUGGGCUGGCGUUAAGAAAGCGCGCGAACCAGCUGUGUCAAAUGGCAGCACCAUCUUCAUUUUGGAUUAUUUAAAACUCUUUCCCUAUUUUUAUUCUUCCCUUCUGUCUCCUGAUGACAGUUACGGUUUGGAUAUGGCCAGUCUUCAUGGAUCUAUCAUGACUGAGUCCUUAUUUUUGUCUACUUUAUUCCCACUGCCGCAGUUUGAAGGGCGGCUGGGCGUUUGAUUUUCUAGCUAGAACGGGGGGCGGGCGGAGGUAAUCGACAUAGACGCAAUGAGUUACGCACGUUGCAUGUUAGC